AGGGGUCAAGCCCCGGCCCGAGCAGCCCCCGCCUCAGAGGAGAUCCUGCGACUGCCUCCGCCAGGCGGCUGAGUCGCGGAUACCGGCCAGGGCCCCGACAGUCGGCCACGACUCCUCUCCCGGGUUCCAGGUUCGUCCGGGGCCGUACCUGCAGGGGCAGCGCCACCUCCGCCCGACUGUGCCGGCUGUCGCGGUGGCGGCGGUCACAGCUCCAGGCUCGGUGACGCCUCUCAUAAAAACAACAACCUGCUCGCGGGCGUCCGCAGCCGGGAGGCGGCGGCCGGCGGGGCGCCGCAGCGCAUGCCGGAACUCGUAGUCCAGUACGCGCCUCAUGUCCGCCGGCGGCUGAGGGAAGAACUACGACUCCCGAAGAGGAGCGCAGCCCGCCGCGGGGAGGCUGCAGGAAGCCGGGCCUGGCGGCCGCGAUCCUCACAACAUCCGGGCUCCGGCGCUGAAGAGGCGCCGCGGAUGGUUGCUAUGGAGACGGGCUGCUACAACCACUCGAAAGCUUCGCGGUUUCACCCUGAAGGACUACUCCCUGAAUUAGGCGGAUUAGUUUAUACACCCUGAUCCAGCUGACGGUUCGCCUUCUCUUUGUUGCUUUGAUUGAGUGUAGUAAAGAGGCCGGGCGUCUCCCGGGCGCUCGCUGGCUUUCUUGCCAUCCGCUAAAGGAAAAGACUGCGGUUGCCGAAAAAAUAAAGAAGAUAUCGAGAAUGACCGAGUACGACGGGGAUAAGAAAAGUAAUUCAGCUUCAAAUUCAGACACAGAAAUGAAAGCUGAACAACUGCCUCCUUGUGUGAACCCCGGCAACCCUGUGUUUUCAUGUAUGUUGGACCCAAAGACACUCCAUACGGCUACCUCCCUAUCAAAACCUACGAUGAUUAUGUAUAAAACCAAUUCAGGUAGUUAUGGUGAAUUCUUACCUAUGCCACAGUUUUGUCCUUGCAUUUAUAGUCCAAAGGAGCAAGUAUUUUCAAGCCAUAUCAGAGCUACGGGAUUUUAUCAAAAUAACACUCUGAACACUGCACCUGACAGAACCAGAACCCUUGAUUUUCCUAAUUUUCAACAUACUCUAUGAAUAUGUUCCUUUGUGUAUUUAAGAGAGAAUAUACUCAGCAAAAAUGAGUUUGAAAUCUAAGGCUAGAAUACCUAAUUUGAAAUAUAAAAUGACUUAAUUUUUUAAAAUACCUUAACGAAAUAAAGCCUUUCAACUGAUAACUGAAUGACAGUGACUUCUUAAAUAAAAUGUGUUCAAGGGCCUGGCCCUGUCACGUAGUGGUUAAGUUUGGUGUACUCGAUUCGGUGG